UUGCAUCCUUUGAAAACUCAAAGGAAUGCAUUGAGAGACCAACAAUGGGAAGAAGUUCAGUGGUUGUUGAUAUUAUUUUUAUAGUUUCAUGUGGAUUAUUGUGUCGUGCUGAACCACUGAACCAAGGGGAGCAAUCAUUAGACCAGGGCUUUAGUCAAAAUGCCGUCUUCAGACAUCCAAUUACAUUGCAAGGGCCCGCACAGUUCGAUCAAAGUGCGAUAGCAUCCAACAUGUUUCAAAACUUCAUUGAAUCCAGGAGACCUGCCCCUGCAAUGGUGGACGUCCAUCACAAGAGUUUGUCCAGUUACCAAUGCAAGUACAGUCCCAGAGAACCAACUACGCAUCCGUGCCUCUUCAACCUAGCAGGCCUUUGAAAAGCCAAAGACAUUUUGGACUAAUACAACCUCAACAAACAGUUGAGACUUUCUCACAAACCCAACAGGGAUUCCACGAACCCAUUCCUGGUCCUGACCUGUAUCCCGAUGUGAAGGAUGAGGUGGUUAUGGAGCCAGAGUUUGAACCCAAGGUGCCAGUGCCAGCAAACACUGUCGAGGUUCAAUGUGGAGAAGUCUCCGUCAAAGUGCAAGUGAAGCAAGAUUUCUUGGGGAACAAUCAGUUCAUCAACCACUCUGAUCUGACGCUGGGUGGUUGUCCAUCUGUUGGUUUUGAUGACCAUGCUAGGAUUGUUGCCUUUGAAUCAGCGCUACAAGGAUGUGGGAGCACAUUAACGAUGACUGAAGAUUCUCUUGUUUAUUCCUUUGUUUUGGUGUAUUCACCUUCACCUGUUCCUAACACACCUAUUGUGAAAACUAAUGAAGCUAUGGUUGCACUUCAUUGCAUCUACCCAAGGAAACACAAUGUGAGUAGUAAUGCAUUGCAUCCCACCUGGAUUCCCUAUGUUGCAGCAAAAGCUGGCGAAGAACAGCUACACUUCUCCCUCAAACUCAUGACUGAUGACUGGAGGUAUGAGCGACCAGCUAACACUUACUUUCUGGGAGAUUUCAUAAACCUGGAAGCCUCAGUGGUGCGUGCUAAUCACGUUCCUCUGCAGGUGUUCGUGGAAAGCUGCGCAGCUACUUUGGGCCCCAGCGGGGAAGCCGCCACCAUGUACACGUUCAUCGAGAACAAUGGAUGCAUGAUGGAUGCCAAGCUGACAAAUUCCAGGUCCAGGUUCAUGUCCAGGAUACAGGAUGACAAGUUACAAUUUCAGAUUGAGGCGUUCAGAUUUAAGCAAGAUUCCCAUGGAAUGCUCUACAUCACUUGUCAUUUGAAGGCUACUACCAGUUCCAGUCCCACCGAUAUAAUGAACAAGGCCUGCUCAUAUGUUAAAGAAACAAACCGCUGGACUGCUGUAAACGGAGAUGAUCAGGUGUGUGGUUGUUGUGAGACUAGCUGCUUCAUGAGGAAGGGCAGAAGUCUGGAUACUGAUGAUUCCACAUUGGAAGAUGAGGCUACUAUUGGGCCGAUUUUUGUCCAUGAACGGCUGUCAAUGGAUGAGCCUCUACUGCAAAUUUACAAGUGUUCUCCGGUGUCGUCAAAAGAUGCAGGUGACCAUUUUGGUCAGAAACUUACAGACCCCAAACUUUUGAACGAGUUCUCCAUGGAGUUGGUGCUCAUGGCUGGUUUGGUGGUUGCAGUUGGACUUUUGUGUGUCAUUAUCCUUGGAACGUUGUUUUACCAAAGGCGGCAGAAACGGCUUGCGUUGACUUGUGAAUGACAAUAAAAGUGUUUGUUUCUUUGGUCCGGUGUUGCCUGCAGUUAGUUGGUUAAAGCCCAUUAGCUUCUCGUUUCAGUUCAGGGGAUCCCAUUUGUAAUAAAUGACCUUUCAACUUUUAAAAGGGCUGAUGCAGCACUGUUUACCGGUUUGGAGCACGGUAACAAUUUGCCCUUUGUGGUUUUUCAGUGUUUUUCUGUAAAAGCGACACACAUACACUGGUAUAUGAGUGUGCUUAUGCUUUUAGAGGGCAAAACAGUUCAAUCUAAAUUAAUAGUUCUAGCUGAUAAGAUUGUUCAAUCACUUUUUAUUAAUAAAACAUUUAAUGUACAAUGAAAUAAAACUGAGUUUGACUGUAUGCUGCUGUUGAAGAGUUAGGGGUCACUGAGAUAUAAUUAUGAAUAAAAUGUAUCUAUCUAAAAUAUCGGGGAGCACAACAAAAUGUUUCUUGAGCAGCAAAUCAGCAUAUUAGAAUG